UUCAAAUCGAUUGGACAAAGGUCAUAAACGUAGCCUUCGGCCUCGGUGGCUUCGCACAGACAAGGAACUUCAACAGGAUGACCGAGUCGGACAAGAAGCUCGCCAAGAAGCUGCGCAAGGAGAAGAAGCGCCAGGAGCGCGAAGCGGCGGCCGUUUCCGACGACAUGACAGCCGAUGACGACGUUGUCGAGUCUACGAAGGAAAAGAAGCAAAAAAAGGACAAGAAGCGCAAGAAAGCUGAAGGCGAUGACGACGCAAAGCCGUCAAAGAAGGCCAAAUCCACCGUCAGCGACUUCUCGAACGGGCCGUACCAACAACCCCUCCCGUCCGAUAAGUCGUUUGUCAAGUCGUUCUACGUCGAAAGCCCUGUGACUGCCGCCAUGACCGACGCCGACGUCGACGCAUUCCACCAACAGAAUCAAAUGACCAUGUCUGGCAACCACUGCCUGUACCGUCCAGUCCUCUCGUUUAAGGAAAUCAACUUCCCCAAGCACAUGAUGACGUCGACGACUGGGUUUGCCAAGCCGACGCCGAUCCAGUCGCAGUGCUGGCCCAUCUUGACCUCUGGCCGCGACAUCAUUGGGAUCGCCCAGACCGGAUCUGGCAAGACGUUGGCGUUUGCGAUACCUGGUCUAGUGCAUAUCUCGGACCAAGUGAAGAAGAACGCAAAUUUGAAGGGUCCCAUCAUGCUCGUCGUUGCCCCGACGCGCGAACUCGCGAUUCAGUGCGCGGACGUGAUCUCCGUGGCCGGGACUGCCGCGUCAAUCUCGUCGAUCUGCAUAUACGGCGGUGUCCCCAAACAUGAACAGAAGCGCCAGCUCAAGCAGGGCGUCCAUGUAGUCGUCGCGACCCCUGGCCGCCUCAAGGACCUCAUGGAGGAGAAGGCGUGCUCGUUGAAGCACGUGACGUACUGCGUGUUGGACGAAGCCGAUCGCAUGUUGGACGACGGGUUCGAAAAGGAUAUUCGACUCAUCAUCGGGGGAUGCCACCCCGAGCGCCAGAUUGCAAUGUUUUCAGCGACGUGGCCGCAGUCGAUUCAAAAACUCGCGCACGAAUUCUUGACCGACCCAGUCAAGGUCACGAUCGGAUCGGAAGACCUCUCGGCGUCCGCAAACGUCACUCAAAUUGUCGAAGUGGUCGACGAGUUUGGCCGCGACGCCAAGAUCGACGGCCUCCUGCGCAAAUAUCACUCGAGCCGAAAGAACCGCGUGCUUGUGUUCGUAUUGUAUAAGAAGGAAGCGGUGCGUGUCGAGCAAAUGUUGCAGCGCAAGGGGUGGAGCUGCACAGCAAUCCAUGGGGACAAAGGCCAACAGCAGCGCAUGGAGGCCCUGGACGCGUUCAAGUCGGGCCAAAUCCCGCUGCUCAUUGCGACCGACGUGGCGGCGCGCGGGCUCGACAUCCCCGACGUCGAGUUUGUCCUCAACUACUCGUUCCCGCUCACGAUUGAAGACUACGUUCAUCGCAUCGGGCGAACGGGCCGCGGCGGAAAGAAGGGCAUCUCGCACACGUUCUUCACAAACUUCGACAAGCCCAAGGCCGGCGAGCUCGUCAACUUGCUGCGGGAGUCGAACGCGACCGUCCCGGAGGAGCUGACCAAGUUUGGCACGCACGUCAAGAAGAAGGAACACAAGCUGUACGGCGCAUUUGCCAAAGACAUCGACAUGACGAAGAAGGCGACCAAAAUUACGUUUGACGAUUAAUAUACUAGUGUGCACGACAUGACUAGCGGGUGUCGCUGCACCGAG